AUGAGCGGCACUCAGGAAAAAUCAAGAAGUCGCCCUUUACUUGCUAGAGCGUUCGGCUCUAAGAAGGCUACUACCACCGCUGGUGCUCAAAUUCCACUACUCACAACUGAAAACAAUGUAUAUCAGCACUGUUUUCUUGCCGUUCCUCUGAAGACCACCAAUGACGUCGAUCUCGUGAAGCCGCUGACAAGGUUUCUUGAGGCUUCAAAUUCGACAGUCUGUGUCAAAGUCACCGAUCUGCGGGGAGCUAUCGAGGUAUUUAACAGAUUACGCUCGAACGCAUGUUCUAAAACGACAAGAGAUCCGCAAUUAUUGCUAGCAUGCGUUGCUGAGUACUACGAUCAACUCACCGCUUUUGAAGGUAAACUAGUCACUCUCACAUCUCCUCGUCUUGAGGGUUUUCGUUGGAGAGAUGCUUUCGAGAGUGGCAGGUCAUUCCUCAGUAAGUCUCACAGCAUAGAAGCCGAUGUAUCGUUGGAAAGAGCAGCGGUGCUAUUCAAUUACGGAGCUCUUCUCUCGCAAAUCGCUGCAUCGCAGCCGUUACACACCGAUGAAGAAAAGAAGACUUCUGCCAAGUUGUUUCAGCAGAGUGCAGGCGUUUUUGCUCAACUACGGGAUUUUAUGAAACAAAUGACACUCGAACGAUGUACUACUGAUCUCCAGCCAGAUUCACUUACGCUUCUUUCUAACCUUAUGCUAGCUCAGGCACAAGAAUCGAUCUAUACCAAAGCUUAUGGAGAUAAAAUGAAUCAAAGUGCACUCGUAAAAAUUGCUGCUCAAACAAGCGACUUCUAUAUGGAAAUCAGUAAGACUAUGAAUAUGGAAACAGCAAAGGGAUACUGGAAGAAGGAUUGGCUGAGCAUCAUCACAGGAAAAGCAUUAGCUUUCCAAGCAAUCGCUCAACUGCAUCAAGCACAGGUGAAUCUUCAACAGCAGGAAGUCGGUGAACGCUUGACACGUCUCAAGUACGCCAUCGAACAAGUGCAGAUCGUGAAGCAUCAUCUGCCGUCUGGCUGCUUGCACGAGCAGAUCGUGGAGAUAGAAAACACUUACGCAGCAGCGCUAAAGGAAAACCAACUUAUCUACCAUGCGCAAACGAGCGAUUUCCAUACGUUGCCUGCUGUGCCAAGGGCGGUGUUGGCGAAGGCACUCCCUCCAAGCAGUCCUCUUUGUCCUGACUUCAAAGAUGUCUUUUCGAAUGUUAUUCCGAUAAAUAUUCUUAUGGCUGUGCAAAAUCACGACACUAUGAAAAAUGAGCGGCUGAAGAGGGAAGCGGAUCGACUCAAUGAGGAAACCCAGGUUAUGGAAAGCAUUGUAGCAUCUCUUGGUAUGUCCGAUGAUUCUUCGUUACCAGAAUUAGUGAAGCGACAUUCGGCUGAAGUCAAGAAAGCUGGUGGAGUAAAAGAGCUCCAGAACAAAAUCAACGAGAUGUCCAGCUUACGCGCCAGAAACAAAGAAAUACUUGCUGAUAUUGAGCAAACACUUAACAAGGAGAAGCUGAGCGAUGCUGAUCUUCGUCGUCAACUUGGCCCAAAAUCCAAACGGCUAUGUAGUGAUGAACUUGUCGGACCGUUUUUGCAAGAGGUGUCGAACUUUCGCGCUUCCUUGCACGCGACAUCUGAAGAGGAUAAAAUGUUCAAAAAGAACUUUGAGCUAAAUAGACAAGCUAUUGAAAUGCUCAGCAAAAACGAGAAAGAUCUCCGUUUGCUUUUGCCCCCUCGACCACAUCGCAUGGCGGACAAAGCUCCAGAAGCUACAAGCUUUCUCCUGAAAUUGAUAGAUAAAGCUCAAGAGGUAAAAUGCGAAAGGGCUGAGCUGUUGAAGGACAUUCGUGAAAAAUGCAACAGCACAUCCAUGGAAAAUAUUUUGCCUUUGCUUUGCCGUUCGAAAAACGUUAGCCCUGAGGAUAUUCUGAAAGAAAAAAUGAACGAGGUUUGCGAAACGAUCAAAGAGGAAAUAGACAAAAGUCUCAAAAAACAGAAAUUGCUAAUGAAGGACGUUGAGAAAUGGUGUGCACGCUUUUCAAAUGCGAAUCAACAGAAAAGUCCUAUAGUAAGAGAUCAUGUGGAAAGAUCGUUGUCGGCUGGAUAUGAUGUUUUCCAUGAUCUCAGUAAAAAGUUGCCUGGCAGGAUAAAGCGCUACCAUCAUCUCAUGGAAAAUCUCCUACGACUUCAGCAAAAGGUCAACGAUUUCUCUUUUGCACGCGAAACAGAGAAGGAAGAACUGCUUCGAGCGUACCGAUGCAAUGCUUCAUGCAAUGGAUCAGAAACCUCAGCUGCUGUUCCAAACGUACAUCCGAUGACACAGGUGUCAUUUGUACCGUCAGCACCUCCACCGUAUUCCACUCAGCCAUUUAUAUACGCUUCUGCUCAGCCUAGUACAAUAUCAUCAGUUCCAAUGCUUCCAACACAUCCUAUUGCACAAUUUGCAACUCACCCUAUCAAUUCUUACCAACAGUACCCGACAUAUGGUGUACCGGAGCAACAAUCACAAUUCCACUUACCACAAUACACUCAUGUAGUUCCAUCAGGUCCUACCGCUCCACCACUCUAUCAACCGCCCAAUUCGCAGUACUCUGGAGGACCGUCACCAUGGCACAACAUGGGCUAUCCGCAUUGA